CUCCGGGGCGCCGGGCCCUGCUUGGCCGCGGCACGGCCCGGGCUCGGGGACGCCCGGCCGCAGGGAGGCGCGGAGCGCGGCCGGGCGCGGCGGCGCCGCCACAAGUUGCGCUGCUGGCGGCGAAGUAAUUGAAGAUAGACGAGAGACCUGAAAAUAAACCCUCCAAGGAAGAGAGGAUUUGCCUGCCCUUGGCUCUGAGAAAACGCAGACCAAGAUGAAAGGAAAUCCUUAAUCACAGACUUGGACCUUACGACGCCUGAGAACUCCAAGGCCUCUGCAAACUGGAGCAGCUUGCUGGUUGUUGUGGACGCCUUGCCAUUUCUAUGAUCGGAUGCUGGGAAGCCCUCUGCUCCAAAGGUGUACAGAUGAAGUCACCAUAAAGAGGGUGGCUCCCGCUUCAUUAAGACCUCAUCGCUGAGAGGUGAGGCUAAGAUGAGCAUAACCAGUGACGAGGUGAACUUUCUGGUGUAUCGGUAUCUCCAGGAGUCAGGCUUUUCCCACUCGGCUUUUACGUUCGGGAUCGAGAGCCACAUCAGCCAGUGCAACAUCAGUGGGAUGCUAGUGCCACCGGCUGCCCUCAUCUCCAUUCUGCAGAAGGGGCUGCAGUAUGUGGAAGCCGAGAUCAGCAUCAAUGAGGACGGCACAGUGUUUGACAGCCGCCCCAUAGAGUCCCUGUCCCUGAUCGACGCAGUGAUGCCCGACGUGGUGCAGACACGGCAGCAGGCGUUCCGAGAGAAGCUCACUCAGCAGCAGGCCAGUGCGGCCGCCACGGCGACGGCAGCAGUGGCAACCCCAGCGGCUGUUUCACAGCAAAACCCACCAAAGAACGGAGAGGCCACGGUGAACGGAGAGGAGAACGGAGCACACAUAAUAAAUAAUCAUUCGAAACCAAUGGAAAUAGAUGGGGAUGUUGAGAUUCCACCCAACAAAGCCACAGUCCUCCGGGGCCAUGAGUCGGAGGUGUUCAUUUGUGCCUGGAACCCUGUCAGUGACCUGCUAGCUUCUGGAUCCGGAGACUCCACGGCAAGGAUCUGGAACUAUGAGAACAGCAAUGGAGGUUCCACGCAGCUUGUGCUGAGGCACUGUAUCCGGGAAGGGGGCCACGACGUCCCCAGUAACAAAGACGUCACCUCGCUGGACUGGAACAAUGGAACACUACUGGCUACAGGUUCAUAUGAUGGUUUUGCAAGAAUAUGGACGGAAGAUGGUAACCUGGCCAGCACCUUAGGCCAACAUAAAGGCCCCAUCUUUGCCUUGAAAUGGAACAAAAAGGGGAAGUAUAUUUUGAGUGCUGGUGUGGACAAAACAACAAUAAUUUGGGACGCCCAUACAGGAGAAGCCAAACAGCAGUUUCCUUUUCAUUCGGCGCCCGCCCUGGACGUGGACUGGCAGAACAACACUACCUUCGCCUCCUGCAGCACCGACAUGUGCAUCCAUGUCUGCCGGCUGGGCUGUGACCGCCCCGUCAAAACCUUCCAAGGACAUACAAAUGAGGUCAAUGCCAUCAAGUGGGAUCCUUUUGGAAUGUUGCUGGCAUCCUGCUCAGAUGACAUGACAUUGAAGAUCUGGAGUAUGAAGCAGGACACGUGUGUCCACGACCUUCAGGCUCACAGCAAGGAGAUCUACACCAUCAAGUGGAGCCCCACGGGGCCAGCCACCAGCAACCCAAACUCCAGCAUCAUGCUGGCCAGUGCUUCUUUUGAUUCUACGGUCCGGCUAUGGGAUGUGGAGCGAGGCGUCUGCAUCCACACACUGACCAAGCAUCAGGAGCCUGUCUACAGCGUAGCUUUCAGCCCUGAUGGGAAAUACCUGGCCAGUGGCUCCUUCGACAAGUGUGCCCACAUCUGGAAUACCCAGAGUGGAAGUCUCGUCCACAGCUACCGAGGCGCCGGCGGCAUCUUUGAGGUGUGCUGGAAUGCCCGGGGAGACAAAGUGGGGGCCAGCGCGUCCGACGGCUCUGUGUGUGUUCUGGAUCUGCGGAAGUGACCACAAAAUGUCACAAAAAAAAAAGAGACAAAGGAUUCUAAAGGACCAGCAGGGAAUGUGUGAGGCUGCAGCACUGUUCAGACACAACUCUUGCCAGCUCCAGAACGGCGCGCACUGACUGGUUAGUGUGUACUCUGAGACCAGCCCAGCCCUGGCCGCAGGAGGCUGUAUUUUUACCACAAUCUUCAUCAAGAAGUUUAUAAAACACAAAAGGCAAACAAGAGCAAA